GGACAGGCGGCGGCUUUCGGUGGAAAAAAUAAAGAAGACGGAGAAAGAGAGAGAGAUAGAGGGGAGGAAGGAGGAGAGAGAAGGAAAGAUAGUGUGAGUCGGGAGACGAGAUCGGGAGAGGGAAAGGGGAGGAGGCGAAGGGCGCGCUGCGAAGGAAAAUAAACGCGUGUUGUUGCGCUUGCUCGCUUGCGUGUGUGCGUGCGUGAGAGAGAGACCCAUCGGUGCCGACUUCACCGCGGCGGACUGCUAUCCCCCCGCGAUUUCGUACGGCGCUCCUCGGCCAGUAUCGUGGCGCAAUUAUGUUACCGGUGCGACGCGGCGACGGCACCAUCGACACCGGCCGCAACGUCGUCGGCGGAAGGCUCGAGACGUCCCGCGUGAGACACCGUGGCGGUCGUUUCCUCGCGAACGGUUAGAACACCUUCUCUCUUUCUCUCUCUCUCGCCGGGCCACUCCUUCUGUCGCCGUGUUACCCGUUCCCGCUUUUGUUCUCCGGAAGCGAGACACUCGGGCUUGCCUGCGGGGAACACGAUCGUGGUGGCUCUCGGUAGGUAGGUCUUAGGAAUGCGGACGGUGGUGGCGAAGAGGAGUUCGCGCUGGUGGUUGGUCUCUCUGGUCGCGGUGGUGGUGCGAGUCGCGGGCGCGCCUUCGGACACGCUGCCGCCGUCGGUCGCAUCGUCGCGAUGUCCGGGUGGGUGCGAGUGCGCGGAGGGCAGCAGCAACGACGGCGGCAGUCUGGUGUGCGCGGAGCGCAGCUUCCUCGGCCUCGGUUUGCCGGGGGACGCGACGAGCGUCUCGCUGAGGAACGUCCGGGCGGCGGCGAUCCCGGUGGCCGCGCUGGAGACGUCCGUCAAGCUGCGAAGCCUGCUGUGGACGUCGAGCGGCAUCGAGAGGGUCGAGCCCGGCGUGUUCCGCGCCACCGCGCACCUCGAGCGGCUCGAUCUAGGUGAUAACCGACUGGCCGAGCUACCGUCGGACGUCUUCCAUCCGUUGCACCAACUGCAGUACCUGAAUCUAACCGGGAACAGGCUGGUCGCGCUGCCGCGGCUUCUCUUCCACGGUCUGGACCGCCUUCAGGAGAUCCGUCUGGCGGCGAAUCGGCUCUCCGUACUGCCGUAUCAGGCGUUCGCCCCCGCCCGGGAGCUCGCGCGGCUCGAUCUCGGCGGUAACCUGUUGGUCUCCCUGCCGGAUCACAGUUUCCGGCUGAACGAGCGGCUGCAGGAGCUGCGGCUGGCGGGCAAUCGGCUGACGAAGCUGCCGUCGCGGCUGUUCUCCGGGUUGGCGCGGCUCAGGGUGCUCGACCUCGCCGCGAACGAGAUCGACGCGCUGCCGCGCGGCCUCUUCAACGAGCUUUCGGCCUUGGAGCACCUCGACCUCCGGUCUAAUCCGAUCGCGCGUCUAUCGGACGUCGCGUUUCAAGGCCUGGCCGAUCUACGAUGGCUCGGUCUGAGCCACCUGCCGAUCGUGUCGCUACCGAAGGACCUCUGGCGGCCGGUCAGCAGGCUGAGGACCCUGCUGUUGUCCGGGACGAAAUUGGAGAACCUCCGGAACGAGAAUUUAGGAGGGCUCGGCCAGCUGGAGACGCUGGAGAUGAGGGACAGCCCUCUGCGCGAGAUCGGCCAGCUGACGCUGAACGAGACGCCGUCCCUGCGCCGGCUCGACCUGCGGAACAACGACCUGACCUUCCUGCCGGCGAACGUCGCGCAUCUGUCGCUGCUCGACGAGCUGCAGCUGCAGGGCAACCCGUGGGCGUGCGACUGCCGCAUGUUCUGGUUCGUCAAGUGGGCCGAGAGCAGGACGCAUCUGCGCGCGGCUUUCCAGAGCGGGCUGAGGUGCGGCCACGAGGAGGACGAGGUGGACAUCUUUCGCACUCUGCGCUACCUCAAUUGCAGCGCGCCCACCCUGGUGAGGGCGACCGGCACCCAGCGGUACCUCCUGCUGAGCCCGGUGCUGCUCGAGUGCGAGUUCAACGGCAACCCGGCGCCCUCCUUGACCUGGGUGACGCCGAACGGCCUGGUCUUCCACUGGAUGCCGGAUCCGGGCUUCCCCGACGCCUUCGUCGAGCACCCGCCGGUGCACGGCUGGCUGCCGAAUCCGCCGCCGAUCGACGGCCGCAUACGCAUCCUGGAGAACGGCUCGCUCUACAUCAGCGCGCUGCUGCGCGAGGACGUCGGCCUGUACAAGUGCACGGCGGACAGCCCGAUCGCCAAUCACACCGCCUACGUGACGCUGCACAUGGACCCGGUAACAUUGCACAACAUCAAGAUCCUCAGCAUCGUCGUGGGCGCGAUCUGCGCGGCGGGCUUCCUCCUGCUCACGUUGUUCCUGCAGUUGCUGCGGUACGUCUUCUUCAAGUGCGGAUGCAUCAAGUGGUGCUCGUGCUGUAGACGCGUGGGAGUGACGCCGAGGGCGAAGCAGAUCUACCAGAUGCUCGACAACAUCGAGCAGUACAAGAGCCAGCAGCUUGAGCGGCUGAGGGAAAACUACACGCAGCAGGUGCACAGAAUCAAGGACAAUUGCGUCCAGCAAGUGGAGUGGAUCCGCGACAGCUACGAGGGUCAGAUGAGGCACAUACGGGACAUACGGGACUACGGUACCACUCAUUUGACCGCGCUGAGAGACCAGUACUAUGAUCAGGUGAAGAGGGUGCGCGACUACUCCACCAGCCAACUGAACUGGGUGCGCGAGAAUUACGUCUUCCAACGCAACAAGAUCCGCAAGUUCAGCGCCCACCAAGUGUUGCGGUUGCGCGAGAGCUACAAGUACCAGCAGCAGACGCUGAACAAGGUGCUGGAGAACCUGCCGAAUCUGUACUUUGACAACUGCCGGAGUGGUUCGUGCGGUAAGAGCGACUCCAUGGUCUUCGACCCUGCGAAGGACGAUCUCAACGGGAUGGACACCUACUUCAAGGCGAAGACGAUCGACGACCUGGCGGCGGGCCCGAGUCAGGAAGACGUCAACAGCGAGUACUACACACCGACCGAGCUGUCAUCGACCAGUCCGCACGGUAUGAACAUGAUGGAGGGCAUCCACAUCAACUACAUCGAAGAGAGCGGCCCGCCGCCGCCACCUCCGGCGCCCACGAUCCUGCCGGUGACGAUGCUGCGAUGCAUCGACGAGUACGGCGGCAGUGCGUUGUCCGCUCGCAACAACUACGAGAACAAGCUGAUCUUCAAAGGCUCCGGCCCGGAGAUUCUGGCCAAGGAACCUCGACAGACCUCGGAGGCCCUCGGCCUCCUAGUACCUAGCAACAGUCUACCUGAUCUUCCACGCGAGACCAAACUCUAGCGGACAACGAGGCGAGGCGUCGAGAACGGCCGGCCAAGAACGGGUUUCCUGCUAUCAUUUAAAUCUAAUGAAAAACAGAGAGAGAGAGAGAGAGAGACUGUUCUUGGAUGACGGGGAAAGGUGAACGGAACGGAGGGAUCGUCGCCUGUCUCUGUGACCAGUAAUUGUGGGAAUUGUGUCUUCGAGGUACCGAAAGGAAGAAAAGGAGAAAAGGAGAGAGACAGAUGGUACCAUAAUGAAGCUUCUUCCGGUUUUGAUGUACGACUCGACGUCAUGGGAGUAUCCUAGAAGAUCGUUCGAGAAGAACUCGUGUCAGUGCCAAGAAACGGGAGAUCCUUCUGCCAAGAUCGAUGACUGAUCGAUCGCAGUGUGUGUGCAUGUGUUAACUUUAGGAGAACAAAAAAAAUUACGGACAGUUUCCAAGGACCGGACUGGUCGGGAGCUGCUCGACCGGUCGGCAACCUUGCAACCUGUCCGUCUCGCCGCAACGUGUGCUUUUCUUCGUCGGUGUCAUCGUUUUUGGAUGAUCACUCGGGAAGAUGAAAGGAGAAAAUAGAGAGAAAACAAAAGAUAUAUAUAUAUAUAUAUAUAUAUAAAAUGAAGAAGAGAGAAAGGGGAAUAAUAAAAAAAAAAAGGAACGACGCGAAUUACAAUUCGCGUCUUCGUCAACUUGGCUGUAAAGACCGGUUUCCUUUUACAAAAGCGCGAUGGUGGAAGAUAAGUAAUUUCGCCUAGUUGUCAAUUCCGCAACGUUCAUUAAAGUUGCGAUCUCCGGGGAGGGUAGGGGGAGGGGUUCCCGUCGAAGAGUCGUGAUUUCUUAACUGUUUCCUGUAAAUAGGCGUGCGCGAAAGUUUUAUGUAUCAGUGCCCGCGAGGAGGGCGAUCGAGAGAAAAAAAAAAACAGGUCGGAUCUUCUUUUACGAAAGACUGAGACGGUGGGAUCGAGGACUCGCCCGAUCGUUCGUUUUACAAUUGCUUUCUCCUUCUUCGUCUCGAUUUCCGCGUCGCGACAGUAAGCGAACGCGACGACGAAUCUUUUCACAGCGAGGAGAAACACACACCUCGUGGUGUUGCCGGCGUUCGCUUGCUCGCCGUUUUUUUUUCUUUUCUUUUGUCGCUUGUCUUUAGCAAAACAAAUUGUUCGAGUAUACGGAAGCGUGUAUCUUUAUUGAAGAGGGGGAGAGAAAACUAAAAGAGAAGAAGAAGAAGGACAUACCGAUACCGAGAAGACGAGUAAUAACGAACGUACGUACUUAAUUUUCUAUCGUUGCACCAACAUAUCCAGUAUCACUCGCGCUUUAUCGUUCGCGCGCAGAGGAAAGAAAGUAACAAGAACAAAAGAAAUAAUAUAUGAAUAAAUAUAUAUAUAUAUAAAUAAAUAAAUAUAUAUAUAUAUUUAUAUAUAUAUAUAUAGAAAUAUAUAUCGGCUGUUAAUAUUUUCGAGUCGAAAGCAAACAAAGACAUUGUAUUGUACAUUUCUGAUCGCAAUGAAUCGCUCCGAUACAUUUUGCAACAAUAGUGCGCCCCUUUGUUGAAUAAAUCCUGUGACGGUACGUCGCCAAAUA